CCGUCAAUUCUCUAUACGAUUGUCCAGAUCUUACCCUACGACGUCCCUGAUCUACGCGAUCUUGCGCAAGAGCGCAUGCGGAUAAUUUGCUCACUCAACCGGUGAGCAAUGGGAGGGCGAAGGAGCGUUGAAAUAGCCUUCGUUUCAAAUCCAAGUACAUCCCAGUUAAGAGCGAUGUAGGCUCCUUACACAAUCUGGACGUGGGUUACACGCUCAGUUAUCAUAUAUCUACCUUCACCGCAGCACGUUUCCCACUAUGACAACCAAACCAUUCCUGCGGGUAUCCGCCCCUGGGAAUGUGCAUUCUCCACAGCGCGCUGCCUUGGCGAAAGCUAGUGCUCCAUUCUCGAAUCAUCAAACGCUCUAUUCCGUAGGCCCAGGGGCCCGUAUUGGCUACAUGGAAGGGAAAGCGGCCUUCGACCUGCCGGUGCUCGCGACAAGAGACAUAUGGAAUCUCGCGACACCAUCGUCAGUACAGGCCUGCCGCUCGCCCGCCCUAUUCUGCCCCGUUGACUCUCUGCUGGAAGGCUAUUUUGGGAAUUCCGAAGCUGGAAAAAAGGGUCGAGAUGUCGUCCUCCCUAUGUUCGGUGAGAUUCUCGUCAUCUGUGAAGCCUGCAGGCAGGGGCUUUCUACCUCGAGACAGCCAGACAGUCCAGCUCAAUUGCCUGCCCCACCGUCCAAUAGUUCUGGCCGGCACCCUCGGCCGGCCCAUGUCGGCUUGCUUCGCAACGUCGUUAUCCCUUGACCUGUCUAUCAUCGCAUUUCGAAAAUGACAUGUCCGGUGCAUAGAUUGUGGAGCGUCGUCUGUAUGGACAGUAAGAGAGGGAUUAUCGUCAAUUUGG